AACAAUGGAAGAACGUUACAGUUACAGAAUCACCAAACGAAUAGCGCAAUUCCAUUUCCACCACCGUUGGUAUCUCCGUUUCGGAACAAUCCAUUUUCUUCCUCGAUCAUCACUCUCAGAACUGAGUACACACAGAAAGAGAGAGCUGACAAGAUCGCCAUCGCCAUCCAUGGCAGAUUGGUCUCGCCUUCCAAACGAACUUCUUCAAUUAAUUUCUGAAAAACUCAAUUUCAGUGAAAUCUACAUUAUUCGCUUUCGUUCGGUUUGUUCUUCAUGGCGAUCUUCCAUUCCCAACUACCCUCACAACCAUUCACCCUUGAAGCUUCCGAUAUUCCCCUACUCUAAAGAAAUCUAUCGUCCAUCCCAAACUAUCCUCUAUAAACACAACAUCUUUCUCAUCAAACCACCCAUAACCCCUCACCAUCACCAACAACAAACUCAUACCUCCUGUUUGAUCAGAAUCGGUCCAAAUUUAAACGGUAAAACCCAACUCUGGCAUCCCCUCUCAAUUCACCAACCACCUUUCAAUUUCCCUUACCAUGUGCUUGACUUCAACCAACUCCCCGUGUUCGAUCUUGGAGAAGAGUUAUACAUCCACGACACUGACUUGCUUCAAAAUAAUCGGUAUAUCCAUUUGGAAAAGGUUGUUGUUGUUGCGACGUGUCAGGGAAGGCAAUCUCUUGCUUUCCGCACAGACAACUGCUCUGCUGGGGUGCCGUUUGGGGUGCCGAUGGUGCUCGGUUGUGGGGCCGAUGGUUGGACGAGGAUUCCCACCAUGUCAACAUCUUUGUUGGGAGACAUGUGCAUUUUUAAAGGGCGGCCUUGUGUGGCAGACAACAAUGGGCACACUGUGAUGAUUGGACCAGAUUCCAGCGUCCACUUGCUGGCCAACGCGGUGUUUGGUGGCUACAUUAAAUUCUUGGUGAAGAGUGAACAUGAGUUGUUGCUGGUGGAUUGCAAUGGAAUUGAUGCCGGUGACGAUGAUGUAAGUAUUGAUGUAUUCAGGCUUGAUGAGAAGGAGAAGAAGUGGGUCAAGUUGACCAAUUUAGGGGAUAGGGUUUUGUUUUUGGGGGAAGACUGUUCGUUCUCUGCAUCUGCUUCAGAGUUGUGUGUUGCAAAUGGGAAUUGUGUCAUCUAUAGUAGGGAUUAUGCUUCCCACGGGCUUUAUUCCAUGGAGUCCGGAAUGCUUGAUUCCAUGGAGUCUGGAAUGCGUAUUUUUCACUUGGAUCAAGGUCGGGUUUCACCUUUGUCUGGUUAUCCUGAUUACUUCAAGUUAUUCUGGUCACCUUCGGACUGGAUCGUUGGGCUGCAGAAAUAACAGAGUACACUCUCCUGCGUGAAAGGUAAACGAGGGAGAGUGUCUAACGAACAUAACUUAUAUAUUUUAAUCAAUAACCUUCUGAGAAUAACAUUCUGCAGAGUUGCUUACAAGAACAGCAAGAAAUACAAUAACUGCCAGUAAAUAACACAACCUCUAGGAAUUGGAGAGCCUAGCCUCUCUCAACCAAAACAACAUAAAAACAAGUGAAUCUAACACAUUCCUCCCUUAUUCUCUUAAAAAAUACACAGUUAAAUUAAAUUAAAUUGGGCCCUGUGCCUAACAUGAACAUUUCAAAUAGGAGGCCUACUAAAAUUUUCCUUAGUACUCGUGUACUUAAGCUUUCGCAAUUAGUCAUGCUAUUGAAUUUAAAUACAGAUUAAACUGUGUUUUAAAAAUGGACAUUUGCUCUUGCUAUUGAUUUUCCUUGUGAUAUAUCUGUAGAAUGGUGUUAUAUACUACAGUGGUGGAUUGAAAAUAGAGCUUAGUUAAAAGUAUGUAGAGUAUGUAACCGUUUUUAUAACUGUUGCUUUUGCAUGUUAAUUGAAUUUGUUUUGAUAUUUCAACUAGCUUAUGCAGUUAGAGCAAAUCAAAAUAGUUUAAGAAAUUUUUCUCGGUCAAGUUCUGAAUCAAAUAGACGAGGCUUAUAACUUAUACCAAGCAUAUGCCCUAAGAAGUAAGGACAGGUUUUAGCGUAAGAAAAUAGCCAUGGUCACGGUCUGGUAAUGUUUUGAAGUGACAGAAUGGACGUGGUCUGCUGCUAGUGUGUGCAUGAUGCAUUAAUAUUGGAAAAAUAUCUUUACUGCAUUAAGUUGUUAUAUUUUUAUCUAUUUAAUAACUUUGAACUGAUCUUAAAAAAAAAAACUUUGAACUGAUAAUGCUUGGGCAGGAAUCUCUUGCAAAAUUUCUGACAGGGUUCAUCAUCAGAUGUGAACUCAUAAACUGGAUCGAGAUACAUGAACCAAAUGCCGGACUUGUAUAACAUUUUUACUAAAGUAAUUGAAGAAUGCUGCAGAAUUUUGAUUGGGGAAUGUUGCAGAUUGUGAUUUAACAGGGCAAGUCAAGAGAUAGAUGGAACUUUGGAUGCUAUUGUUAGAAGAGGUUCCAUCUGUUGCGGCAUAAGUAUUGUAUCUAGUGUAUGUCUUGUGCAUCUAGUGUGGAUAAAGUGUUAGUUUGUUUUAAUUCAAGUUUAGUUUUAGUGAUAAUCACAAUUAGUGAUUAAUCACAUUUUGUUUUUAGUUUGUUAUGAAGUUUGUUACAAGUUUGUUAGAGGUUAGCAAAUAAGAUCUAGAGUUUGUAACAUUGCUUGUGCUUCAAGAAACUUAGCUAGACAUUGUAUAUAAGCUGCCUCCUUUGUAUAUUUUCAUGAGAAUCAAUAAUAACAACUAUUUUCUU